AUGCAGUGCCGGAACAUGAUCAUGGCAGAAUCACCAGGCCUCAUCACCAUCUGUCUUUUAGGAUAUCUACUCAGUGCUGAAUGUACAGUUUUUCUUGAUCGUGAAAAUGCCACCAAAAUUCUGAAUCGACCAAAGAGAUACAAUUCAGGUAAAUUGGAAGAGUUUGUUCAAGGGAACCUUGAGAGAGAAUGUAGAGAAGAAAAGUGCAGUUUUGAAGAAGCACGAGAAGUUUUUGAAAACACUGAAAAAACUACUGAAUUUUGGAAGCAAUAUGUUGAUGGAGAUCAAUGUGAGUCUAAUCCAUGUUUAAAUGGCGGCCUAUGCAAAGAUGAUAUUAAUUCCUACGAAUGUUGGUGUCAAGUUGGAUUCGAAGGAAAAAACUGUGAACUAGAUGAAACAUGCAGCAUUAAGAAUGGCAAGUGCAAGCAGUUUUGUACAAAGGGCACAGAUAACAAGGUGCUUUGUUCCUGUACUACAGGAUACCGACUUGCAGAAGACCAAAAGUCCUGUGAACCAGCAGUGCCAUUUCCAUGUGGGAGAGUUUCUGUAUCACUUAAUUCUCUGAAGCUUACUCGUACUGAGACUUUUUUUUCCAAUAUGGACUCUGAAAAUUCUACUGAAGAUGAAACAAUUUUGGACAACAUCACGCAAAGCACCCAACCAUUUAACGACUUCAUUCGAGUUGUUGGUGGAGAAAAUGCCAAACCAGGUCAAUUUCCUUGGCAGGUCCUUCUGCAUGAUAAAAUUGAAGGAUUCUGUGGAGGUUCCAUUGUUAAUGAAAAAUGGGUCGUAACUGCAGCCCACUGUAUCAAACCUGGUGUUAAAAUUACCAUUAUUGCAGGUGAACAUAACACCGAGAAGGACGAACCUACAGAGCAAAGGCGAAGUGUGAUUCGUGUUAUCCCUCACCACAACUACAACGCAACUAUUAAUAAGUACAGCCAUGACAUUGCCCUUCUGGAACUGGAUGAACCUUUAAUGCUAAACAGCUAUGUAACACCUAUUUGCAUCGCUGACAGGGAUUACACAAACAUCUUCCUCAGAUUUGGGUCUGGCUAUGUGAGUGGCUGGGGAAAAGUCUUCAACAGAGGGAGAUCAGCUUCAAUUCUUCAAUACCUUAAAGUUCCCCUUGUUGACCGAGCCACAUGCCUUCGCUCCACAAAGUUCACCAUCUAUAAUAACAUGUUCUGUGCUGGCUUCCAUGAGGGAGGUAAAGAUUCAUGCCAAGGAGAUAGUGGGGGACCCCAUGUUACUGAAGUGGAAGGAAUCAGUUUCUUAACUGGAAUUAUUAGCUGGGGUGAAGAGUGUGCAGUGAAAGGAAAAUAUGGAAUAUAUACCAAGGUAUCCCGGUAUGUUAACUGGAUUAAGGAAAAAACAAAGCUCACUUAA